AUGAAUGAGUUAGAAGUACUAUAUGAUAGAGACGAUUUCAAACAAGUGUGGCGUCAAGUAUCAACUGAUAUCACAAUUAGAGCAUACCAAAAUCUAGGUGAUCUUCCUGAAAUUCGAAAUCUACCAUUAAAAAUACAAGAACAAAUCUAUUCAGCUGAAAAUAAUCAAAGAUUCAAUUAUGAAACAAUUAUUGAUGAAGGUAUAUUCUACAAUACAGCUUAUGUUGUAGUAUUAGAUCCAAACAAGGAAAAAUGGAUGGGAAUAUAUAAAUAUAAUUAUGCUACAACUCUAUCAAAAGGAUUAGCAUUAACAUUGGGAGGUGGUGUUUGUAUUGGUGGUAUCUACUACUUUUGUGCUUUGGCACCAGCACAUGUAGAGUCUCUCAUUGGAUUUAUAUCAGCUAACUAUAAAGCACUUUUUGAUGCGAUUAUUAAAGUUGCUGGUACAACAUUCUCAGCAGCAACAUUUCUUGCGUUUCGAAAAUGGCUUACAGACGAACAAUCAUAUUGGAAGAUGUUAGUUGCAGCUUGUAUUUUAAAAAAAAUGCAAACUACUCGUGGUUAUUAG